AUGGCCUCUAUUCGCGUUCUUUCCUUCGAUGCUGAGGGCCGUCCCGUGCAGUUCACUUCCUGGCUCGACGACCUGCAGUUGUAUCUUAUGAGCAAUAGCACGGACCACAUCUCCCUCUAUGACUACGCGUCUGGUGCUGCCGCUGCUCCUGCUGCCACAGCCGAGCUUAGUGUCCGUUCACAGUGGCAGACUCGUGACGCUGCAGCUCGCCUGGCUAUUCGCAGUCACCUGCCGUUAGCUGAGCUAGAGCACUUUGGCGACUGCAAAACCGCUAAAGCCCUAUACGACGCUGUCGUUGCUCGCUACUCCUCACCUGCCACAGCCGAGCUUAGCCGUCUCAUGCUGCCUUACCUGUUCCCUGACCUGUCCACCUUUGCUACAGUCGCCGAUCUUAUCACCCACCUUCGCACUAGUGAUGCUCGCCUGCGUGCCGCCCUUCCCACCGAGUUCUGCGCUAAGAACCCCCCUCCCCUGUACUGGGCACUCCACUUCAUAGUCACCCGUCUCCCUGACACCCUCAGCUCAGUGCGCGACUAUUUCCUUGCUCGCUGUCCCACUGAGCUCACAGUCGCCCUCCUAGAGGAGCAGCUGCUAGCGGCCGAAAAGAGCAUUGUAGCUGUUGGUGCUGCUCGCGGCGCUCCUCGCACCCCCAUCUUUGAGGGGUGCUCUCCCUCUCCCCUCGCUCCCUCCUAUGCUACUGCUGCUGCUGUUGACUUCCUUGGUGCUGAGUCUGCUGGCGCUGCUUCUGCUCCUGGUGGGAGGCGCCGCACCGGCAAGGGCAAGGGGGGCAAGGGUGGCGGGGGUGGCGCUGGGGGGGGAGGGGGUGGGGGAGGUGGGGGGGGAGGCGGUGCUGGAGGGAGCGGUGGCGGGAGUGCCGGUGGGAGUGGGGUCGGCGGUGGAGGCGGGGGCGGCGGAGGGAGCAGUGGCGGUGGUGGCGGCGGCGGCAGUGGCGGCGGUGGCGGUAGUGGCGGUGGCGGUGGCGGUGGUGGCGGUCGGAGCGGAGGUAGUGGCGGCGGUGGAGGUCGGAGUGGAGGCACCGGCUCGGGCCAGAGCUCCCAGCAGCAGCAGCGUCCCCAGUCGACCCAGCAGCUUCGUGAGUGGCUUGCUCAGCGUGGGACGUCGGGGGGCAGUGGCCGCUGUUCCUAUGUCAUUCGCACAGGUGAUCGCAAGGGGCAGACGUGUGGAAAGUUCCACACUCAGUACCGCUGCUUCUUCCGCCUUGACGACGCUUGGCGUGAGGAGAUGGGCGAGGAUGUUGAGCGCCCCCGCUGGGCUGAGCUGAUGAGGGCUGGGGUUGAUAUCUUUGCUCUUGACUAUGAUGCUAUUAUUGCUGCCAUCACUGUCCCUGCUGCUUGCGAGUCUGCUCUCUCAGGUACAGCACCCACAGAGACUGCUCUCUCAGUCCUUGCCCAGUCCACCACUGUACUCCCUUGUCCGGCGGUUCCGUCUGGCUCGUUGACGGGUUUCCACCUCCCCUCGUUCUCGACGAACCUGGUGAGCAACGCUGUCAUCCAGGAUCAGUGGGUUGACACCUUUACCCCUGGAGGACAGCGUGUGGCGAUCUGCACGUGCUCCAGGACCGGCCGUCACCUGGCUACGUUUACCCGUCGGCCGGGGUCGAGUCUCUACACACUGACCACUGCGUCUCCUCAGGUCGCUGCUGUCGGUCAGGUGUCCGCGUCAGGUCUGGUGGCCCACGCCUCCCGCGUUCGUGGCCAGGGCGGUGAGCGGUACUUUUUGCUGGUUGUCGACGACUACUCGCGUUACACCACGGUCUUCCCCUUGCGCACCAAGGGUGAGGUCCCUGCUGUUCUGAUCCCUUGGAUCCGCACAGUUCGUCUCCAGCUCCGCCGCCGUUUCCGGACGGAUCUUCCUGUCCUGCGUCUGCACUCUGACAGAGGUGGUGAGUUUUCCUCCGACCUCUUGAGGACCUUCUGUCAGGCGGAGGGCAUCGAGCAGACCUUCACGCUUCCGGACUCCCCACAGCAGAAUGGGGUUGCUGAGCGCCGCAUUGGCCUGGUCAUGGAGGUCGCUCGUACCUCCUUGGUCCACGCGGCGGCUCCCCAUUUUCUGUGGCCGUUUGCUGUCCGGUACGCCGCGCAUCAGCUCAACCUCUGGCCCCGUGUCUCCUUGCCGGAGACCUCGCCCACACUGCGUUGGACGGGGGAGGUUGGCGAUGCGUCGCGCUUCCGGGUGUGGGGUGCUCGUGCCCUUGUCCGCGAUACAUCCGCGGACAAGCUCUCCUCCCGCACGCUUCCCUGUGUCUUCCUUGGCUUUGUCCCUGACGCGCCGGGCUGGCAGUUUUACCACCCCACCUCGCGCCGGGUCUUCGCCUCUCAGGACGUCACCUUUGACGAGUCGGUCCCUUUUUACCGUCUCUUCCCCUACCGUACUGCCCCCCUCCCUCCCCCGCCGCUUUUCCUUGCUCCUGGUCCCCCUCCGGUAGACCCCCUUCCCCCUCAGGGUCCUGCUCCUUCAGGUGUCUCUCAGGUAGACCCUCCUCCCGUCGCUGAGCCUGUCGAGGUCACAGGUGACUCAGGUGCUGCUGCAGGUGGUGCUGCUGGGAGUGCUGAGCCUGCGGGUGCUGGGCCUGGGGGUGCUGGGACUACGGGUGCUGGAGCUGAGGGUACUGUGCCUGAGAGUUCGGCGCCUGGGGGUGCUGAGCCUGGGGGUGCUGCGACUGGGGGUGCUGAGCCUGCGUGUACGGAGUCUGGGGGUGCUGAGUCUGGGGGUGCUGCGCCUGCGGGUACUGAGCCUGGGGGUGCUGCUACUGAGCCUACGGAGCCUCGGGUUGCUGCGUCUGGGGGUGCUCCGGUUCGGGGUGCUGAGCAGUCUCUCACACCACAGCAGCUUCGUGACUGGUACCUGCUGGAGCUGGGGACUCUGGAGCUGGCGGCGCUAGCGGAGUUGUAG